GCUUCUGGGAAGGAUCGUGGAGUGGCGGGGUUAAAGAUGCGAUAAAGAAUCCAUAAUUGAUGUCUUGAUGUGACAGGGUCCUCGAGGAGCCAGAAAGGAAGGGGUGGGAUGCAGGCUGAGUGCCAGGUACAAGAAGAAAGCAGUACAGGCAUGAUUAAGAAGAGAGAGAGAGAUGUUUGUGGGUAGGCGCGGGACGGAAGCUGGGGGAGACCACCGGAGAUUGCCUCUCUGCAGAUCGCGAGCCUGGAAACAGGUCAUUGCCUGGAUGAGCAUAAAGGGCCGAGCAGCCACUGAGCAGAGAGGACGAGGCACAAGGCCAGGGCCAGGUUUCUCCUUGACACAGCACUGCUUUGCUCCUCCUCCGGUGCUGCAAAUCAGAAGGUUGCAACUGUGAUAUAAUAAAACUUUUGCUGCAUUCUAAUUUGCAUUGCCUUUUAGUGUGUUAACCAAACAGUUGUAGUACUGAAUGCAACCGUUAUUUUGUUUAACCGGUUCUUCUCUUCAUUUUUAGUUAGAAAUCCUGUGUUCUGUCAACAUUCUCCAGUUCAUAUUCAUUGCCUUAAGACUGGACAAGAUCAUCCACUGGCCGUGGCUUGUCGUGUGUGUCCCCCUGUGGAUUCUCAUGUCUUUUCUGUGCCUGGUGGUCCUCUACUACAUCGUGUGGUCCGUCCUGUUCCUGCGCUCCAUGGAUGUGAUCGCGGAGCAGCGGAGGACACACAUCACCAUGGCGCUGAGCUGGAUGACCAUCGUCGUGCCCCUCCUCACUUUUGAGAUCCUGCUGGUUCACAAGCUAGACGGCCACAACGCGUUCUCUUGUAUCCCGAUCUUUGUCCCCCUGUGGCUUUCCUUGAUCACUCUGAUGGCAACCACUUUCGGACAGAAAGGCGGAAACCACUGGUGGUUUGGGAUUCGCAAGGAUUUCUGUCAGUUUCUGCUUGAAAUCUGCCCGUUUUUGAGAGAAUAUGGAAACAUUUCCUACGACCUCCACCAUGAAGGUAAUGAGGAAACUGAAGAAACGCCAGUUCCAGAACCUCCUAAGAUCGCUCCUAUGUUUCGAAAGAAGACCAGGGUGGUUAUCACCCAGAGCCCUGGAAAGUAUGUCCUCCCACCUCCCAAAUUAAAUAUCGAAAUGCCAGAUUAGACAGCCCCUCCCAGGGCAGAUCGUGAGUGGACCUGGCCCGCACUCUCUUCCGCCUUCCUCUGCCUCUCCGUUCGCCUCCCCCCACCCCCAGAACUGGAGCUGGAGCUGGAGCUGGGUCUCCGGGGACUUCCAUCUCAUGCCUUGUUUGCACUCAAUGCCUACCAAUGACUCACCGCGACAGGACACGCAGGUGACAGGUGCCUGGUUCACGCAGCAUGGUGUGGGGUGCGUGUCAGUGGCUGUGGAUCUGAUGGAGGGAGCCUGUGGAGAGGGAAACAGUGAUUUCCCCCGGGCAGGUGCCUGCGGAGCUGGCUUGGAGCCAGCCUGGAUGGCUGAUUAGGCCUAAGCAGGAAUGGCUACACAGCUGGUUUUCAAAGAGUGAAAAUUCCCAUCAAAAGUGUUAUUGAAAAAUGUAUUUUUGAACCAGGCCGGCCUGGCCGCGUAGCUCAGAUGCCCCUGUUGUGGCAUAGUUAGGGGACUGUGAAUAGGCCUCGGGCCCCGUGUGCACCCAUGCCGCCUCAGCUGGCCAUGCUCCUGCCGUGGACGUCGUUUCUCUCUGGGUUUUUACUGGCCCCAUUGGUGAGCCCUUUCUAAUGGAGUGACUCCGUGCCUGUAUAGUAUUUAUACAAAUAUUUUAGCGUUGUAAUAUACCGUGUGAAAUCCUAGUUCUGUACAGUAUAUUCUGUUAAAGUAUUUUUUUACAAGCUUGUACUGAAGACAUACGUGCUCUGCUGCAGAAGUAGAGGCCCACUGGGGUGCCACCCCUUCAUGGGACAUUGCCGUUUCCCCUUCAGUUUCUCCACAUGCAUAGUAGCUGCUACUGCCAGAAUGGCCACAAUAAGCAAGAAGCUGUUUGUGCUUUUUUCUAACAUGCUGGGAGUACUGACUUGCAGAAAGCCAUAAAGCACGACUGGAAACGGGAACACUGGAGAAGGGUGCCGAGACUAGAAAUGGCCAUCAGAGUGUGCGCGUUGAGGUCUGGGGGUUUGUGUCUGCCCCCAAGCUGGGCCCAUGCUUUUAGCUAGGAGGACCACGGCUCCAGGAGCUGGGGGUACAGCCACAAGUCAGAGGGAAGAAAGCAGAUGCGAUGGGAACAAGCAGGCCGUGAGUAAAAGAAGGUAAAAGGAGCCCUGGCAUUGUCACCUGGGAGCAGGGGAGAGGGGGAGAGGGGGCAGCUGCUACUCUGUCUAAACCGGGCUCCGCUGACAUCCACCGCGCCCACCGCUCCGCCCUGGCGCCAGCCUGUAGGAAGCCUGUGCUGUCUGAAGGGGGACACUUGGAAUGGUGCCACCUUUCCUGCUUGGUGUAUAGCAAAUGUAGCCCAACCCGCUCUCUUUUCCCCCUUUAGCUGUUCAAUAAACC